GGGGGCGUGGCGGGCAGGUCGCGCUCUCCAGCCUCGCCCCCGCGUCGCUUCUCGCCUUCUCGCCGCCAGCAGGACCGGGGAGCCCCGCAGACAUGUGCAGCCCCCCCACGGUGGCGGCCGUCCCCUCGGCGUGAGCUUUGCUGUGGCUUCGCGCUUUCUCCGGCGGCUGGAGCCUCUAGCUUUCUUUCCGCAGGGGGAAAAACGGAACGAAGGAAGUAAUGUCAAACAACAGUACGACAAGUAUAUCUCAAGCAAGAAAAGCCGUGGAGCAGUUGAAGAUGGAGGCAUAUCUGGACAGGAUAAAGGUAUCCAAAGCUGCUGCUGAUUUAUUGGCAUACUGUGAUGCUCAUAUGGGAGAAGAUCCCCUUAUUAUACCAGUGCCUGCAUCUGAAAAUCCCUUCAGGGAAAAGAAGCUCUUAUGUACUAUCCUUUGAAUCACCUUGCAAUUAAAUCUGUCCUUUGUGCGAAUACAAUGCUGAUGGUGCAUGCAUUUCCUGAAGACCUCUCUGUACAUCAAUUUAGUGCAAAAGUGACUGUUUCCAAGAAGCCAACAUAUUUUAUGUUAAUCUAAGUACAUGGAAUAGUCUAAUAUCAUUUCUUCAUGCAGUGCUCUGUACUCAGCAUUUCUGCUUUUGACUAUUUCUUCAUUAUUUUGUAAUGAAAGAACUGUAUUUGAUUUCAGAAAUGUGAAUUAGAUUUUACCAGUUAAACUUUGUGUAAGUAUGUAUAUUUGUGAGAGAAAUUGAUACUAAGAUGAGCAAUAUCUAUUCUGAACUUUUAAAAAUGUUUUAUUUUCAUUUAAGAAAAAGGAAUUCAACAGAUAGGGUUGUUCUUUAUGACAAACACUGAAGCUUUUAAAAAGCUAUUUUUUCUUGACUACCUUGUGGAUAGCUUUUUAAUCUGCCGUGCUGCUAUAUCUUAGGAACACAGGAAGCUGCCUUAUUCCACAUCAGAAGACUGGUCCUUCUCACUCAAUAUUUUCUACCCCACGGGUGAUGGACCUAUGGCCUUCCAGAUGUUUGAAUCCAGAUCCCAUCAGUCCUAGUGACACAGAUCAAAAGUCUAAUGUGAGAGAGUUCUAGGACAGAAGUGUCCAGGUGCUACAUCUUCUGCACCACUGGAAGAGCUCUCCAGGGUUUUAUUGCAGUCCCUUUGGGAGAUGCCAGGGAUUGAACACGACCCCUUUCAUGUGUAAGGCAUGCUCUAUAAUACUGAGCUAUGACCCCUCCCCUUGUGUUCGAUUGCAUCACUGGCAAAUACGGAAAGAGAUUUUUUUAAAAAAAAAUCAAAAAGUAUUGAUUUCAGCAUGUUCAAAACCUGCAAGGUAGACUUGAGACACUGGAGUGAUCUCAUCCCACUGAUCAGAAUGCACACUGGAGGAUUAGCAGGACUGAUGUGGAGCACAGACCAAAUUAACAACUAUUGCUCAAAAUUCUACACUAUUAGUUUUUUCAGACAUUGACUCCCUUAUUUAGCCUGCAGUGCAGAUGGCUUUGCCUGGAGAUGCCUUUAGUAGCUGUUUUUAAUCCUGGGUUGUAGACCAAAUAUCACCCGGCUUGGUAAUGUGCAUGUUCUUAGUAUAGUUCAGCCUGCAUUAAACAACUUUUUUCUAUGUUUGUUCUUCAAGAUGGCUCUUAAUGUUAAAUAUUUAUGUCUAAUGCUAUCAACAGUGUUACUAUGUGACCUAAGUUAUUUUCUCCUCACUUAUGUUUUUAAUAUUUUAAUAAAUGUUAUUUGAUUUGUGA